AUGCGUCUAUUCGAGACCGCCGUCGCCGUAGCGGCUCUGUUCGCUGCAGGUACCGAUGCCCAGAUCCCAAAGCUCCCGCUGCCAAAGUCCUGUAGCGGCGUUAGCAACUUCCGGUACCAGUACACAGUAGCGUCAGGAUGGUCUGCCAUGAAGCUUGCCGGUGGGCUGAAGCAGGUCCGGACGGUCAUCUGGGAUCCAGCGGGCAACCUCCUAGUAGCUCAGGCGACCAAGGGCAUCUCCGUGCACACCUUUGGCGCCGAUGGCUGCCUCAACAGCACCAACAUGCUGAUAUCGGGUGGCCAGCUCAAUCACGGACUCGCCCUAUCGCCCGACGGCAAGAAGCUGUAUGCCAGCGGUGAGACGGCGGCGUACAGCUGGGACUACAACGUAGCUACCCGUACCGUCAGCAACCAGAAGACGGUCAUCAAGGGCAUCUCCUCGGGCAUCCACUUCACACGGACGCUCGCCGUGGUGCCCCAGCAACCCAACCUGCUCCUCGUGCAAGUCGGCAGCAACGCCAACCUCGACAUGGCCGCAGCGCAGAAGGAAACAGGGCGGGCCAUCAUCAAGAUCUUUGACACGGACAAGGCGCCUACCAGCGGCUUCAACUACAACACAGACGGUGAGGUGUAUGGCUACGGACUGCGCAACACCAUCGGCUUCACGGCCGAUCCGAGCGGUGUGUUCUGGGGCGUCGAGAACAGCGGCGAUGACUUUAGGCGUAGCGAAAACGGGCAGAACCGCGACAUCCACCAAAACAACCCGGCCGAGGAGCUUAACAACCUCGGCAACCCCCUCACGACGCGCAAUGUCUGGUACGGCUACCCGACCUGCUUUGCGGUGUGGGACCCGUCGAGCUUCAGCGGGCUCAAGACGGGCAGCAACUUUGUGCUAUCGCCUAGCAGCUCGUUCAACGACGCGUCAUGCAACGGCCAGGCGACGCCGCCGCGCCUCUCGUUCCAGGCGCACUCGGCCCCGAUCUGGAACACGUUCGACACCGACGCCAAAAACAUGUACGUCGCCUUCCACGGCUCGUGGGACCGCCAGCCUCCCACUGGCUUCAAAGUCGUGCAAAUCCCCUUCCAAAAGCUCGCCGACGGCAGCUACGACCCCGUGGCGCCCGCCGACAGCCAGACAGGCUACAAGGACAUCUUCAGCGCCCCCAACCCGGGCGGCUGCACGGCCAACGGCCUGACCCAGAGCAACUGCUUCCGCCUGACGGCCGCCGCGUGGGAUCCGGCGGGGCGGGGCCUGUUCGUGGGCAGCGACAAUAGUGCGGAGGGGGAGAUCUAUAUCCUUUCGCCGACGGCUUGA